ACGCCCCCUAGUCUUGGCAGCGAAGAUGAAGCUAACGGAUGAAGUUUUUCGCUCAUUUCGCGUAUCCAAAGUGUUCAGAGAGAACACGGACCGCGUCAACUGCUUGGACUUCUCAGCGAACGGCGACCAGAUGAUCGCCAGUAGCAAUGACGACUCCAUCGUCAUAUACUGCUGCCUCGAAGGAAGACCGAAACGGACGCUGUACAGUAAAAAGUACGGAUGCGAUCUACUGCAGUACACUCACGCACCCAACGCAAUUGUCUAUUCAUCAAACAAAGUAGACGACACAAUCAGAUACCUUUCUCUACACGACAACAAGUUCCUCAGAUAUUUUCCCGGCCACACAAAACGGGUUGUUGCACUGAUGAUGUGUCCAAUCAAUGACUCGUUCCUCUCGGGGUCCCUCGACAGAACAAUCCGACUGUGGGACCUCCGCUCACCAAACUGCCAGGGGUUGAUGCAUCUCAACGGGCGCCCCGUCACCAGUUUUGACCCCGAGGGGCUUAUCUUCGCUGCCGGUAUCGAGUCGAGGCAACUGAAGUUAUAUGAUCUGAGGACAUUUGACAAGGGGCCGUUUGCGACGUUCCGAGUCAGACAAGACCACCCGAACUGCGAGUGACCGGAAUAAAAUUCAGCACCGAUGGAAAGAAGAUCCUCAUCUCAACGACCGUCGGACAGCUGAAGCUGAUCGAUGCUUUUCAAGGCCACGAGCUGGCGCAGACAGGGACAUGUGAACAAUAAUCACUUGACUUUGGAGGCGUCUUUUACUCCAGACUCCAAAUACAUCAUGUCAGGCUCUCAAGAUGGAACAGUUCACGUCUGGUCGUCUGAGACAGGUCAAAAGGUCACAGUUCUCGACGGAGGUCACCCCAGCCCCACCUACAACGUCCAGUUUAACCCAAAGCUAAUGAUGGCUGCCUCGGCCUUGCAACAGUAUUGCAUUCUGGUUACCUAGUGUUGAUGACUGGCAACUCUUACCGUCUAACAAUGACUCAUAAUGGUUUUCUUACUGCC